AUGCCAACACAACAAACUCCAAAUACUAUAGACGAUCUGUUACAAUACAUUUCAUCUACUGCAGAACUUGAUAAUUUUGAUACAAUUAGUAAACAAUUAGCUCCAACUUUAAAAGAAAUCCAACCACAAGUUUUUACGCAAUCUACUUCAGAUGAUAAAGAUCCUCUUGAGCUUUUGGAUCCAAGUACUUCCAGUUUAGCAUAUACUUAUUUUUUAGCUGCACGAUGUCAUACUGAAGAUCCAAAUCCCACACGUUUAGUACAAAAUCUUAUUCAAUUCUUGUCUGUAUUUGAUUCCAGACAAGUUCAUUUGGUGCCAGAUAAAUUUCUCCAGGUUGUUCAAGGACUUACUAGAUUAGCAACAGCAUACCAAAAAAAUUUUAUAACAAUUAAACCGAUUGCAAAUGCACUUUUAAGAUAUGCACCAAGUCCUAAACAUUUGACAAAUGUUCAUCAAGUUUUUAUCAAGGAAUGUUUGCUUUCAAAAUGUUAUAAACAAGCUCUUCAAAUUUUAGAUACAGAUAUUACAGAGAUAGAAUUAGUGGGAACUGGUAUAACUUAUCAAGAUCAUUUGCUUUAUCAUUAUUAUGGUGCAAUGGUGUAUAUAGGUUUAAAGAAAUACGAACGUGCCUUGUAUUUUUUAAAGUUGGUAAUAUCUGCACCUGCAGUUAAUAUAACCAGCCAAAUUCAAUUAGAGGCAUAUAAAAAAUUUGUUUUGAUUUCACUAUUGCUGCAUGGAAAUAUUGUGCCACUCCCAAAAUAUACAGCUUCUAUAGUUUUUCGUUCAAUUAAAAACCAAUGUCAACCAUAUCAAGAUUAUGCAUCAGCAUUUGAAGCUUUGAGUGUGAAAAAAUUGCGUAUUGAAUUCAAUAAAUCCAUAGAAGUUUUUAAAAAAGAUAAUAAUUUUGGGUUGGCCAAACAAACAUUAGAUGCAAUUUAUAGUCGCAAUAUUCAACAAUUAACACAAACAUAUUUAACAUUAUCUUUAACUGAUAUUGCUGAUACUGUUGGUUUGGAAGGUCCAAAUGCACAUAAAAUUGCCGAAGAUCGUUACAAUACUUCAAAUACAAUCAGUAAGCUUGAACAACAAAUAGACAAAGCUACCAGUAUCAGUGAACGCGUUAUUAAGACAGAUAAAAUUAUUGGUUGUAGCAAGGAAUAUCUCUCAAAGAGCCAAAGUUUACAUGCAAGUGGUAUAAUGUCUGGUGGUCCUGGCGAUGAUCCAGAAUUUUUGGUUGGAGGUGGAUUUGAUAGUUUUGAUGAUGGGAAGUACAUGGGAUAA